AUGUCAAUAUUAAUUUCUGUUAUUGAAAAAUUUACAUUAUCUUGUACUGAAGAUAAUGAAAUUGGUGAUGAUAAUGAUGAACUUUAUAAUUUUCUAUUUAAUUAUUAUAUCUCAUUAGAUAUCCUUAAUGAUUAUAUACAAGCUAUUCAACAACUUGAUAGAACAAUAUUAAAUGAUAAUUAUAAAUGGUUAUUAUUUACUGGUUUUAAUUCAAUAAUCGACCUUAAUUAUUAUAAUAAUGAACGUCGAGAUAUAUUAUGCAAAUUUUGGUUAUCAAAAUAUGAAUGGAUAUUAAAAAAAUUAUUAUUAUCAUCAUCAAAAACAAGUUCAUUACCAUUAAAUGGAAUAAAAUAUUUACUUACGAAUAUAAUUCGAAUACAAAUAACAAUAGAAAAUAUUACAAAUCAUCUUAUGACACAAGAUAUACGAUUUUAUAAUUUUAAUCUAAAAAAUGAAUAUUUAUCUAUUAUAAAAAUUAUUUUACCUUUAUUAAUUAAUAAGAAAAUUUUAAAUAAUAUAGAAAAUGAUUUAAAUAUUCAAUUUAAUUGUGAUUUAAAUCAUUAUUCUAAUACAAAAGAUAUAAAAUCAAUAUAUAUUAUUUGGAUUAUAUUAAAAAUACUUUUAAUGUUUAUUACAACUGAUGAAGAUUGUUUAAUUAUUAUUAAAUCUCAUCAAAUUAUAAAAAAUAGUUUAUUAAAAUCAAUUCAAUUAAUUAAAAAUAAUAAUUCAAUAAAACUUUCUUAUUAUGUUAUUUUAACUUUUCUAAUCAAUGAUAAUGAUAUUAAAAAUAAAAUAAAUCAUCCAAAAGAAAUUUGUAAUAUAUUUAUUCGAACUAUUCUACAAAUAAAUGAUUUCAAUAAUGAUGAUUUUACAUUUACAAAUAAUGGAGUACAUAUUAUUCAUUUAUUAAUAGCAUUAAAAGCAUAUUUACAGCAUGAUCAAGUGAAAGAUGAUUUUAUUGAAAGUGAUGGUUUAAAUUUGCUAUUAACAAUAGCUAAUUCAGUAUUAGCAUCUACAGAAAUAGAAUCACAAGUUAAUAAUAUGUUUGGCGAAAAAUUUAAAUCAAUAAUUAGAUUAAUACCUACGGAAGAAUGUGAUUUAAAUGUUCUACAAGAAAUAAAUCAUUUGCAAAUAAAUAUGCAGUAUAAUAUGAAUAUUCUAUUCAAAGAAAUAGGUUUAUUAGCAUUGGAAUGUCUUUAUACUAUGUCAUUCAAUAGAAAAGCAAAAGAAAUAUUACAGAAAAAUGAAAGAUUUAUGAUACAAAUUCGCGAAUUAUCUAAUGAUGAAAAUUUGAAAAAAAUCAUUGAUGGUUUAUUAUGGAAAUUAGAAGACAAAUAUGAAUUUCAAAUAGAAACAACUAAUCAAUAUGAUUUUAUGAUUAGUUAUCAUUGGAAUGAUAAUGUAUUAGUUUAUAAAAUUUUUAAAUAUUUAAUAGAAAAAUUUAAUUAUAAAAUAUGGUUGGACGAUCAAUCUAUAUCUAAUUCAAUUUGUCAAACUAUAGAAAAAUCGAAAUUUAUUCUUAUGUGUAUGUCUGAAACAUAUAAAACAAAUGAAAAUUGUAGAAGUAUAAUUGAAUAUGCACAAUAUAGAAAAAAAAUAAUUAUUCCAUUAAUUAUAAAACAAGUUGAACUUGAUAGUUGGUUUGAAUCUAUAUGUAGUGAAAACUUGUAUAUUGAUUUUGUUAAACAAAAUUUUGAAGAUGCUAUUCAAUUAUUAAUCAAUAAAAUUAAUAUGAAAACUAUUGAACAAAAAGAAAUAAAUUCAACUAUGAUCGAUCUUUCUCAACAAGAAAUAUCUUUAUCUAUUUUACCAACAACCACAACCGUUAAUCUUCAUCUUAAUGCAAUUCAAGAUGAUUAUAAAAGAAUUCCAAUAAAAUUAUGGUCUGAUAAACAUGUUGAACAAUUUCUCCAUGAUAAUAAAUUAGAUUUGAUGAUUUUAUUAACUGAAUAUAUGAAUGGUGAAGAUCUCAGUCAAUUAUUUGAUAAAUGUCAACUACAACAAAAGUAUUGGACAAUAUUUGAUCGUUUUAAUAAUGAAUUAAAAAAACGAUUUCAACAAACACUUUCAAUAUCAAUUUAUGUUAGAUUUUUAAAUCAAAUACAAAAAUAUAUUAAUAUGUCAAGAGUUUAA